CACCAAUCGGAAUUAGCCGAGAUCUUCCGAUUCUGUUGUUUACGGACAGUUCGAUCAUCCAUGGGCCAAUUUGAGUACUGUUUCUACAGUAUAUUUCAGCUGACACGGUUUUGAUAUUAGAAUAUGCCUAGAGAUCCAGUUUGAAGUGAGAGUUUUGUAAACCUGUCAGACGAUGAACAAGGACCACAUUGCACGUCUGCGUGAGGAGCAGGAUAAAGCCAUCCGUGAAACUGAUGAGAAGAUUCAACAGUGGGAAAAGUUCAAGUCUGAUUAUGAAGCUGUUGCUAAGAAACUGUCGACUCUUCCUGACACCAUAUCCAAGGAUACACUGGUACAGUUCGGCCCUCUUGCUUUCAUGCCAGGUCAACUAGUCCACACCAACGAAGUCCUUGUGUUGCUAGGCGACAACUGGUUUGUAGAGCGGUCAGCAAAACAAGCCAUUGACAUCAUCGAGAGAAGAAAUAAAGAGAUUGACCGCCAGUUGAAGGACCUGCACGAGCAGAAGAAGCUGUUGAUGCCAAGAAUGGCCUUCACCUCCGAGCUGCAAGAUAUGGCAGAGGAACGAGGUGGAUUGAAAGAAAUUGUGGAAGAAUAUGACGAGGAAAAAGAAAAGAAGUGGAAAGAGGAGCACAGGGUGAGAGUGCGGGAGUACAAGAAGAGAUCGAGAGAAGAGUCGCAGAAAGUCGAGUCUGAUUCCGUCACCUCGAAACCGGACAAGCCGACAGACGAGGAACUGUGGGUGCGACUAGAUCGGCUGGAGAAGAUCGAAUCGGAGCAGAGAGAGCUGGAGAGACUGUGUGACUCAGACGACCCCGAGUUUACGGUUGAUGUACACGACAGUAAGAAGAUCACGUGGAGUGACCAGACGGAGGGGCGUGUCCACAAGACGAGUGUCAGAGACUCUGACGACAGUUCUGGGUCAUCGGGUGACAGCGAGCAGUCAUCAUCCGACGGUUACACGAGUGAUGAAGAAGAGUCCGCAUCAGAUGACACUCGGAAUAUUAAAAUCACUUUCACGCACUCCACCACCAGUCAGCAAGAAGAUCAGUCGCCAGGUAGUGAUGGUGACAAACCGAAGAUAUCGAGUCCGCGAGAUAUCUACAGUCUGUUUACGGCACCCACAGAACUCAAGUCUAUCCUGAAAAACAAGUCGCGCACCUCUUCGACAACCUCAGCAGAAGAAUCAGCACACAAUCAAACACCAACUCAAAAUCAAACACCAAAUAUUUCAAGUGAUACACCAAAGCCAUUUUCUGGUAUUGUUGUUGAAAAUCCUACAUCUGUUGUGUCUUCCGCUGCAUCUUCCGCUUCAUCUUCCGUUGCCACGGAUACUCAACCGACACGACGCGUCUCCAAGUUCCGUGCAGAAAGACAGAAGCAGGUUAAUCCAAGAUGACGGUGUGGUGUUUCCGUGUCGUUUUUUGUGAGAAAUAAAUUACAUAUGUUAA